AUUAGGUUGAUCAAGUUAUAUACUCGGUAGGAAAUCGAGGUUGUUAGAUGAAGAGCAAGAAAGGGGACACCUUGGAGAAGCAUAUGCAAUAGCAAUGGUGACUGCAUUUGGUUCAAAUAUGUAAUGGUUAUGUGUCAUUCGACUUGCUUUCCCGUUUGUUCUCAAUUCUGCGUGAUUUUCAGUCAGAGAUUAGAGAAACAGGUAGAGAAUUUGAUCUCUUCUUCUCUGAGGUUGAUCGGGUUCUUUACUCAUCAGUUGUUUACCCACAUUAUUCUGGUUUCAUCUCCUGUACCCUUUGCGAGGACAGUGAUCCUGUACCCCUAUGGAUGUGCUUGUACUGAUGCAGGAGCAUAUACUUCAAUUCCAGGUUCUUUCUUUCAAGCUCGGGCUAUCAAACUCAUGCUUAUGAUUGAUCAGGGUGAGAAAGAUGACAAGAUAAUAGCAGUGUGUGCCGAUGAUCCUGAAUUCCGUCACUACAUGGAGCUCAAUGAAUGUCCUCCUCACCGCCUUGCUGGAAUUCGCUGUUUUCUUUUAAGAUUAAGAGCGAGUAUAAGACUGCUGCAGUGAAUGAUUUUCUGCCAGCUGUAGAUCCGAUUGCUACAAUAAAAUCUUCAAU